CCGGGGUUCCUCCGACGCGCGACGGAGGGAGAGAAAGAAAGAGCCCACAACUUUCAAAAGUUUAAUUUCUAGGGAUUUUUAAAAUUUCCUUUUUUCUUGUGUGGUCGAUUUUCAGUUUAGCUAGUUAGAUAGGUUGGAUUGAGAGGGAGGGAAGAGCAGAAGAAAAUAAAUAGAAUAGAAAUGUCAGCGGCAUUGGACCCUGUCGAUUGGCUUCUCUUCUCUCUCAGUAAAGCUUUCCGUAGUCCUCUUGCUGUUUUUGUUCAGAUCCAGGGAUGUGUAAUAUGCUUGACUCUUGCUAUUGGGUGGGCUUUUGCUGCUUAUGUCAGGAACAGAGAGAUCAAUAGAAUGAAGGAUGCCAUGAAAUGUGGCAAUAGCUUUGCUUUUUUGUGCCAUGAUAUUAAUGAACUUGAGCACACUAAUCAGGUCAAUCUACCAAGAGUUACAGUUGUGAUGCCUUUAAAAGGUUUUGGAGAACAUAAUCUGCACAACUGGAAGAGUCAGAUCACAUCUCUCUAUGGUGGUCCUCUAGAAUUUCUUUUUGUGGUGGAAAGUACUGAAGAUCCUGCUUACCAUGCUGUAUCUCGGUUAAUAAGGGAUUUUAAGGAUGAUGUUGAUGCUAAAAUCAUUGUGGCUGGUUUGUCAACAACCUGUAGUCAGAAAAUACAUAACCAGCUGGUUGGGGUGGAAAGAAUGCAUAAAGAUACCAAGUAUGUAUUAUUUUUGGAUGAUGAUGUUAGGCUUCACCCUGGAUCAAUUGGAGCCCUCACUGCUGAGAUGGAAAAGAAUCCUGAGAUAUUUAUUCAAACUGGAUACCCUCUUGAUUUACCGUCUGGAAGUUUAGGGAGUUACUGCAUCUAUGAAUACCAUAUGCCUUGCUCUAUGGGAUUUGCCACUGGUGGGAAAACAUUUUUUCUUUGGGGAGGGUGUAUGAUGAUGCAAGCUGAUGAUUUUAGACGUGACAAUUAUGGUGUGGUCUCAGGACUUCGAGAUGGUGGAUACUCUGAUGAUAUGACACUAGCUGCUAUAGCGGGAGCCCACAAGAGGCUUAUUACGUCCCCUCCUGUAGCUGUUUUUCCUCAUCCUCUUGCAAGUGAUCUCAGUUUCUCUAGGUACUGGAAUUACUUGAGGAAGCAAACAUUUGUUUUGGAAUCAUACAUAAGCAGGGUUAAUUGGCUAAUGAAUAGAGGACUGUUUUCAUUCCAUUGUUAUCUUUCAUGGGGAUUUGUAGCACCAUACUUCAUGGCUGCAGUUCAUAUUGCAGCAGCAUUACAAAUCUAUAUCAAGGGUUAUUCAUAUGAGGAAACAACCUGUACUACAAGUGGAUUGUUACUAGCAAGUUGCUUAGCUAUAUGUACCCUUACGGAGCUACUUUCCAUGUGGAACUUAACAAGGAUUGAAGUUCAACUAUGCAACAUGUUAUCCCCUGAGGCACCUAAGCUCUCACUUGAUUAUUACAACUGGAGCUUGAUAUUUGUCGCAUUGCUGGUUGAUAACUUUCUAUACCCUAUCUCUGCCUUCCGAUCUCAUUUCUCUCAAUCAAUCAAUUGGUCGGGUAUUCGAUAUCACUUGAAGAAUGGAAAAAUAAACAAGAUUGAAAGGAACAAAGGUAGGGGACCAAAGUUCACAGACUUGGGAGGUAAGCAUUUAUAUGGGAAAAAAGGAGCUCCUCCAAAAGCCUCAUUCCUAAGCUCAUUGGCGAGAAGUUUGUGUCAAUGGCAUCAACCCAAGAAAUACGAGGUUUAGCAGAGAGAAGGAAUGUUUAUUUUUUGUGACCAUUGUGGCUCUUCAUUUUUGGAUCCGAGUGGAAGCAGCAAGGUUUCUGAAGCACAGAUUCUUUAGUUGGUUGGUGGUGGGAUUAUUUGAUGAUUCCUUAUUGGAUUGGUUUUAGUGGUUUAGGAAUUUUCGCCCUCAUUUUUUAGUUGCCAUUCAAUCAGAUUUAUUCUUAAUUUUAUCAACCCUCUUCAUCCGGGGGCUGACUUUGUAACUUGUAUCGAUUUCGUCCUGUAAUUUUAUUAAAUGAUUAUAUACAGUCGGUGUUCAAAUGUGAGACACAAAGUUUAGUGUUUGUGAUUUUACAGUUUUCCAAUUCGCAUCUGU